AUGUUGCAGAACAUGGAUCCCUUUGCUCGGUUCCGUAGAAAUAUUGGUGAGAAGAAAGUUAGGAAGCUGCCUGAGGAAUUAGUGAGGGGCCAAUUGUACCUUGUCAAUAAGUUGGAGCGAAAAUUGAGUGACUUCAAGGAUAAGGAGGGCAGGGAUGUCUGGAAUUUAAUCGCCCAUUUUCGUGAAAAUGCUACGAACUUCUAUGUCUAUAUGGGGUCGGAUUUCAACAACCCCACAAUAGAGGAAGUAAAUGCUUUCAAUCAGCUUUGUGCCAAUGGACAAAAUCCGAGGAUUGCAUUUUACGGUUACCAGGGCAAAGCAAAAAUAAUGGAUUUGCUAAGACAUAAUGAAGGUGUUGAUGAAGAACGUAUGGGCCAAUGUACGGCUCAUGAAGUAGCAUUGAAGCGCUCUUCUUCAUCAAGUGUGGGGUCCUCACCUGUGCCCUCGCCCAGCAAGGUCUUUGUUGAUUCUGACAGGGCAGAUAAUUAAACGUUAAUUUUUGUUGUACUAUAUAGUAUGUUGUAAUUUGUUAUUACUACUUUGUAAAUAUUACUUUGUAAUUAUUGUGUAAUAACCUAUAUAUUUAGGUGAUGGUUAAUUGCUUAAGCUAUAAAUAAAGGAUUUAUUAGAUGCUUAUUUCCAAAACUAACCAUGUUUUUUUUUGUUUUAAUUUUUGUAUUUAAAUUCAUGCAUAUCAGCAAACAAACAGAACAAUAAAUGACACUAAGAGAUGACACUUUCAGGCCUUCAGCUUGCCUUCAGUUGAAAUGAAUGGUUUCUUCUUUUUUUGAAAA